AUCUCUCCUUAAGGCUCUACUUUGAGGUUACUUAGUCCUCCCUCUCGAUUACUGGAGAUGUACUCUGUGCUCCGGAUUCACCUUUAGCAAAGCUUUCCAUCACUGGCCCUGACUGUCAUCAGCUCCACGUGCAGCAAACCAUGAAGACCUCCUGCUUCCUGCUGCUGAUACUCUUUCUAUCGUGCUUUCAGAUCAACCCAGUUGCUGUUCUUGACACAAUAAAAUGUCUCCAAGGAAACAACAACUGUCACAUUCAGAAAUGCCCAUGGUUUUUACUUCAAGUUAGCACCUGUUAUAAAGGAAAAGGCAGAUGUUGCCAAAAACGCCGUUGGUUUGCCAGAAGUCACAUGCACAAUGCGUAGCCAUUACCUUAAUAAAGGAAAACACCCG